AUGAAAACUUCAUACUAUUGGCGUAAUCAGAAAAUAUAGAUUUAACCUACAACUAGUCCUUAGAAUAAAACUAAAUUCGAAAAUCGAUUGAUCAAAACUAAAAAGUAACUAAGCUUUCAUGAAUAAGAGAAUUGGAAUGAUGAACAUAUUAUUAAAUAUCGUAAUCACUUGAAAGAUGUGAGAGAAUUAAGAUCAAAAUGGUAAAUCAUUGAUAGACCAUAGAAUGCGUCAGUCUAAGAAAAGGCUAGAUCAGACAUUUUAGACAUAGAAUAAUCAGUAAUUAUUUAAUUAUAUAAUUAGAUUCAUCAUGUAUCCAUUGAAAAACCAAAAAAGAAAAUUACUAUUCGUCCAUUCAGUUCUAAAUAACACAGACUAUUAUAAUAAAUAUCACAAAUUUACUCUUUUCAAACAUGUGCUAAUCGUUAAAAUAAAAUGAAACUCUUUUUAUAAGCUGAUGAUAAUUAUGCAAAUCGUUCAUUCAGAUAUUAUAAGAAUUUUACAAAUUAUCUUAACUCAAUCAAGUGACUUUUUAUAUAUUUAUAUAAUAUAAAUAUUAUAUAAUCAUCUUAUCAGAAUUUUAGAUUUUGGGUCAAGAAAUAGAUCAAGAUUAUGAAUCUACUAGAGAAGUUAAAUAAACGAAACCAUUAUUUAGAAACUCUGGAAAUAUGCUCAAUGUUUAGGAUAUAUAUCAUCAUAUAUUAUGAAGGCAUCCCCCAAAGAACGAUUAAAGACACCUCUUACUCCUAUAUGUAAUCUAGCCUAACUUAGUAAUUAAAAUNAGAAAGAAGGAUCAAAGAAAAAAAUGGUAGCUAAAAUAUUUGGCAUAAUUGGGUGUCAAUUUAGAAGAAGAGAAUGAUAAAAAGUACUUUAAUCCAUCUAUAACAGACUCAAAAAUAAAGAACCAAGUCCAAAACGUAAAGAUGAUAUAAUAGAUUUAAAUAAAGUGGAUGAUUUGUAAUUGAUUUAUCAAUAACAGAUGCAAUAAUAAAUUCAGUAAUAAAAAAAGAAUUUGAGACCAUAAUCCUAAUCUGGAAAUUAAGCUAGGUAACAUAGUCAAGAUGUAGCAAGAACAAUUUCUUAAGAAAAUUCAUAGUAAUAAAUUUAACAUACCUAAUAAACACAUCAUAAAUCAAAUUCAAUAGUUAUGAAUUCAAAUUAAUAUAAACAAGGUUAUUAUUAUCCAUUCCAGUAACCUACUAAUAAUUAGUAGACUUCUAAAUAUAAUGGAAUCAAUAAAUCAGCUAAUAAUAUUGUGCAAUAAUAAAUGGGAAGAUCUUCAACGGGAUACUAUUAAAAAGUCAAUAAAAAAUGA